AUGCCCACACAUGCACCCAAUCUCCUCACCGGCUUUGCGCGUCUGGCCGGCCGGCCAGUGGGUAUUGUGGCUAAUCAGCCCACCGUUGCCGCGGGCUGUGUGGACAUCAACGCGGCCGUGAAGGGAGCUCGAUUCGUUCGCUUCUGCGAUGCCUUCGGUUUUCCCUUGGUCAACCUGGUCGAUGUUCCUGGUUUUUUGCCGGGUGUUGGCCAGGAGGCUGGGGGCAUAAUUCGCCACGGGGCAAAGCUGAUAUUUGCCUACUGUGAGGCCAGUGUACCUAAAAUGACGGUGAUCACACGGAAGGCGUAUGGUGGGGCAUAUUGCGUGAUGGGCUCGAAGCAUCUGCGGGGCGAUGUGAACUAUGCCUGGCCUAGCGCAGAGAUCGCGGUUAUGGGAGCAAAGGGCGCCGUACCAAUCGUCUUUCGCGACGAGCUUGGUGCGGCGGAGUCGACGGCCAAACUGGAGGCCACCUACGAGCGUGCCUUCGCUAGUCCAUUUCCAGCAGCGGCGCGUGGCUAUCUGGAUGACAUCAUCGAGCCAUGCACCACCCGAGCUCGACUCUGCGCUGACCUGGACCUCUUGAAGGACAAACGCGUACCUACUGCUAAUCAGUACCCACGAAAACAUGCCAAUAUGCCGCUUUGA